AUGGUUUCCGUGAGUGAUUACCUCAUCUUCCUUCUAGGCUGCAGUAGUUUCCUAGCUGCAAGGGCAGGAGUGUGCUCAAACCACGGACAAGCACCAACAACUACCACUAAGAAGGCCGGUGUCGACUGCGUGGAGUGUGAUAUUACUUGCGCGUUACCUCUACAACGGGAUGAGAAUGGCUGCGAGAUUUGCAGCUGUAUAUUACCUCAGUGCGAGGGCCUGUUCCCCACGUGGUGCACAAACCCUUGCUCCCAACAGAGCUGCUCCGAGUACCGGACCAAUGGCGAGCUGGACGAUAGCCAGUGUGUGCCCCGUGAAGGGGACGUGACGUGCCAGACGGGCUGCGGCUGUCCCGAUGGGCGGGCGAUUGACGACUUGCCCGACUUCCCCUUUGCAGAGUGCGUGGCCAAAGAGGAGUGUGGAUGCUCGGAUUCGAAUGCACCCGACGGCUAUUUGAAGCUCGGAUACAAAUAUAAGAAAACGGAAUCGGAAGAAGUGUGCACCUGUGGUUCAAAUAACAUCGUCGACUGUGUAUUCGAUCCUAAGCCACAGUGUCCGGUGGUGAACGGCUGCGGAUGGGGCUGCCAGGUGAUCCCAGGCCGCAGUGGUUGUGAGAUAUGCGUAUGCACUUAAUCACGUCCAGGCGUGCUUUUGCUGUAACCAAGAAUAGUUAUUGUCUAUACAAUAGUUAGACUAAAUAGUUGGUUGUAGGAGAAAAAUAUUUGUUCGUUCGUAAUUCAACACGCUGUCCAAUGAGCGCUGGUGACGGCCAAUCUCCCUCACAAAGUAUCGUCAAGGAAACGCAAAGCAUUGUGGGUGGCUCGCCAGCAUGAUCAGUAUGCACCUGGACGUUAAUUCGUGCGCACGUGUCUUACGCACAAAUUGUCUUGACUCCGGGUCAACUAAAUAUAACCGUCACCAGCAUCCUUGGAUUGGUGUUUUUCUUUAAAUGGCAAAAAUCUCGAUUAUAUAAGUUCAGAAUUAACCGAGACGUCUAUUUCUGAGGAUGUCAGUCCUACAGUACCUUACUUCAAAUCUUCCGAUCCCUGCGGUGUGCAACUCUUGACACGCCCCCAGAGGUUGUGGCUCGCUCACUUGAUAAUCUGGAGAUGUGCUGAAAGCGAUAAAAAGGUGGGUGAGUAUUAUGGUGAUCAUAAUGGCAGAUAGUUUUUUUUCUCGCUUCAGUGCACCAACAACUACAUGACUGGUUCGUUAACCACUCACAAACAAUAAAGUCUAAACGUUCAGUAUAUUUCUAUAAAUGAUGACAUAAAGAAAAAGCUUUUUCUUCCCGUGCCUAUAUAGUGCCUAGAAUUUAAACCGCGACAUUCUUUUCAUAACAUGAAUUAACACUUCCGUGGCUUUCUUUACAAUAUAAAAUAUUAUGCCGCUGAAAAAAACAGCCUUCUACAUUUUAGAAAACCUCCCUUUUAUUUAUCGACAACAAUAACCUUUUGAGAUGAGAACAUGGCAAAGGGGAUAACAACCCUUUGUGACUGGAAACAGCGCCCUCCCGGAGAUCUUGGUUUCACCGGAAUCGUCUAAUUUGACAUUUUGUCUCUGUAUUAAAUUUUUAUGAAACACGGUCUUUACUAUGGGAUUUUAAACUAUUUCUAGAUGAGGUGUUUGACAUAAUGUGCGACAAACUUUGUCAAAUUCCUUUUACGGAUUUGCACAAUCUGUUUAUUUUUCCACAAUAUGAGUCAUUAAUUUUAGCAAAGAUUUAAGUGAAUAACUAGAAAACUACGGGUUUAUUUGGUAUAAAUUAGUAGAUAUUGCGAUAUUUUGACUUUACUAGAAGCUGAAAUAAUAUUCAAGAUAAUUAAUGUAGAUGUUAUAUAAUAAUUAUAUGUUAAAGUUGCGUUUCCCAUGCUUUUCAACAAAGUCGAUCUUUAAAAAAAAAAAAAUUCUUUUGUGAACAUCUAGCCUAUACGACAUAUGAAAAAGAAAAACAACAUGUUUUGGGCACAGACAUAAUCUGAUUUGUGAGCAGACUGGCUCCCGGUCCGUACAUCACCAGUACAGUUUGUGGGGCGGGUACCAGCCUAUAUUUUGCGAGAACGGAAUUAUAGCCGGGCCGCAAUAAUUCAAUAACUAAACACGCACGAUUUCUCGGUCUUUGUCUCAUUCAAAAGUGACUAAUUUAUGAAUUGCUUGAAAAAUAGCGAUUUGUGAAAGCAGUACCUGUAUUUUUCCGGGAUGAAAGUCGAGACUAGCGCCCGCAACUGCUAUGAUAAAGCCUUUGAAUCAUUAGAGUUUAUCGGUGAAUUAUUUUUUCCUUGAUACAUGCUUGCGGUUUACAAGUUAGCCUUUAUAAUGUAUUUUGGGGAAAUCUCGAAAAAGGACUAGUUAAAAAAGAAAGAUUUCAAAAAUUUGUAGACAAGCAGAAGAAAUACACCCUGAAGAACAAGUGUCCGAAAAUUCGGAAAAGCUAAUAUAACUGGUGAGCACUACUUUAAUUUAUAUUUCCAUUCAGAGGAAAAUAGUAGCUGUUUUGGCGGUAGCGAGCGCUCAGUAUCGUGGCAUACAUUCCCUUUUUCCGAUGUUAAUGAAUAAAUCUUUGUUUCGU